CCCCUCUCUCUCUCUUCUCCUUCAGUCUUCUCAUUUAUAUAUAACAGUACACUUUUCUUAAAACCGUAUCUCUGGUAACAACAAAGAAACACGUAUUAUCGAAAUCUUAAAAGCAGACUGCCCGAAGCGCUAUUUCAAAAUCCAUUUUUCAAGAAGCAGUAUCAAACUCUUAUCCUGAAAUGGGUAAAUAUGUGAAAAAGGUGGUCCUUACAAAGCCAUUAAUGUUCGAAGGAGAAUCCUGCGGUGAUUACAAUACUCCAAAUCUUUUACAACGCAUUCUAAGUCUUUUUAAAACUGUACGACCAGGAGCUGAUCUCACACACUUCCAGUUGCCAGCAACCUUCAACAUUCCGAAGUCACAACUCCAAUUUUACGGCGAGUCAGUGUACUGCUUUAGUAAAGAUUUAUUGAGCAUUUGCAACAACUGUGACAACCCACUGGACAGAUUCACAUCUGUCGUGGCUUGGAGCAUUUCCACCACACGCCCUCUCAUUUUUGGCUCUGCUCCUUACAAUCCCAUUCUUGGAGAGACUCACCACGUUUCUAGUGGCAACCUCAAUGUUCUAUUGGAGCAGGUGUCACAUCAUCCACCCGUAACUGGUCUCCAUGCAACCAAUGAAAAGGAAAAUAUUGAAAUUAUUUGGUGUCAACAGCCUGUUGCCAAAUUCUAUGGUAUAGGUACUUCAGUGGAAGCCGAGGUUCAUGGCAAAAGGCAGUUAAAGCUACAUAAAUACAAAGAAACUUACGAAAUGAACUCACCAAAUCUGUUGGUCAGAUUUAUUCCGGUGCCCGGGACUGAAUGGGUUGGCAACGUUAGAAUCAAAUGCCAAGAAAAUGGCCUCGAAGCUGAAUUAUGCUUCAGAGGUAGAUCUUUACUAGGGCGAAGAGGAAGAGCUAUUAAAGGAAGAAUUUAUGAAUCAUUAUCAAUGAAAACUCUUUAUGAGAUCGAUGGCCACUGGGACAGAACUGUCUCAGUGAAAGACAUGCAAAAUGGGAAACGAAAAGUUAUAUUCGAUGCAAAAGAAGUUCUUUAUGGGCUCAAAACUCCUGUUGUCAAGGAUUCUCAAGCAGUGUGGGCAAGCGAAUCAGCGGCAGUGUGGACUGAAGUUAGCCAAGGCAUAUUGAAUGAGGAAUGGGAGAAAGCUAGAGACGCAAAGAAAGCUAUUGAGGAAGAGCAAAGGAAAUUGUUGAGCGAAAGAGAAUCAGUUGGAGAAUCCUGGCUUCCAAAGCAUUUUAAUGUUACACAGAGCAGGGAAAGGGGUUGGGACUGUUCACCUAUUCAGGAAACAGUACCACCAGCUCCAAUUGUCGUCCCUCUUUGAAUUUGAUCCACAAUCCAAUUGUGACUCUACAACAAAACAAAUUAUCUUAAAAUAAUUAUUAUUUAUGUUAAAAUUUUUAAUAUGUUUAAAA